AUGGUGUCCUGGGGAGCGGUGCUGUGGCGGCGGCUGCUGAGGAAGCGCUGGGUCCUCGGCGUCGUCUUCGGGCUCUCCCUCGUCUACUUCCUCACCAGCACGUUCAAGCAGGAAGAGAGGACAGUGAGAGAUCGGAAUCUCCUCCAAGUGCAAGAGCACGAGCAGCCGAUCGUGUGGAAGGUGAAGUUCAGUUCGGGAAACAGCAGUCAGCUGAGUAACCAGUGCAGGAAUUCUGUGCAGGGGAAGCUCCUCAUUACAGAUGAACUGGGCUACAUCUGUGAGAGGAAGGACCUACUGGUAAAUGGCUGUUGUAACGUCAACGUGCCCAGUACAAAGCUGUACAGCUGUGACAGCUGCCUUCCCAAUGGCUGCUGCAGUGUGUACGAGUACUGUGUUUCCUGUUGCCUGCAGCCCAGCAAGCAACAUCUUCUGGAACGUUUCUUGAACCGGGCAGCUAUUGCUUUCCAAAACCUCUUCAUGGCAGUGGAGGAUCACUUUGAGUUGUGCCUGGCGAAAUGUAGGACUUCAUCACAGAGCGUGCAACAUGAAAACACCUACAGAGAUCCAAUUGCAAAAUACUGCUAUGGCGAAUAUCCCCCAGAGCUUCUGCCUGUUUGAAAGCUGCAUGAUCUAAGCAACAAAGGGAAGGAACUGGAGACUAGAAUCCAAAAGAGCAAGACAGCAGCUGUUGCUUUACGAGAGCCUCAGUGUAAAUGGCUUAUGUUGUUUCUGGGGACAACCCCAGAGGUGUACAGUGUAAGCAAGGGACUUAAGUUCUCUGGGAUUGAAUCUUGCUUUCUUCUAUUUGUUAUGCACCUGCUUUAGAGUACUAGUACUGUACUAGAGUACUAGUACAUUCUUUGAGUACUUCCUCUAAAUUUUAGGAUGCAUGGAGUUGAUCUAGGCUAUAAAACGUCAUAGGAAAAAUAUCUAAUGUAGCUUUGCAGCUGUACAUGGUGGUUCAAUUGUGUCUCUGCAGUCCAGAGACAGUAAUAAUUGGAGGAUUUUUGCUUUUAGAGAGUAAAGCAUGCCUGUUGUCCUUCUCUCUCUGGAGCACUUCUUGACAUGCAUGGUGUACACUACAUAUGUAAUUAUGAAUUAUUUAUUCAUUUUAUAUGGAUUACUAGCUGAAAGUAUUGAUGCUUUGCAUAGCUAGUUGUUGAUGCCUUUCAGUCCCUGUUUUGUUAUGUCAGGUAGAAAGGAUAUUUUAGAUCCUGACUAAAAUUGGUUGGUGUUUUUCCUCCUUAGUCUAAAGGAAUUGUAUUGGGAUUCGUCACUAUAGUGCUUAUGUUCCUCUUAGUGAGUUUAAAGCAUUCAGAACUCCAAUGGAGUUGUUAUUCUGUCGAAGUCCCAUAGCAUGAGAGAAGAGCAGGGAUCUGCCUAGGAUGAGAUGUUUAUUGUCUGUAAACACUUUCCUUGUUACUCUGCAACAGUUUCCUCGAAGAGGAGUCUUAGUCUUGUAAACAGCUCUCUGCUAGUCCGCUUUCUGACAGGGAGCACUGAAGAUCUGUUUGCUUGAACUUGUUCAGGCCUUGGUAAUUCAAAUGUACUUCACUCCUGGUUGUGCAGGAGGCAAAAGGGUGGAGUUGUUCUAGGAUUUCAGUUUAAUGAUGUCCUUGUGCAUGAAGUAAUUAGAAUGUCAGAACGUGGCGCAAGCCUUCCUCUGAGGACAACUGUGUUGCAUGAGUUCAGUUAAACAGUCAUGAUGUUUUUGAUUUGCUGUUUGACAUACUUGCUAUUCUGGAAUUUUGGUCUGAUCAGAAUGGCACUAGAACAGGGUUGGUUCUCCCACGAUUUCUCCUAGCUCUCUAAAGUUGCAACUUAAACUGUCUCCCUCUUAAGGCCACACAACACAGAAAAGGUGGGUAGAGAACCUGUAAAAUGCUGACUAAGUUUGUGCUCCCCCUGCAAGUCACUGGGUGAAGUCCAAGCGCUAGACAAAAUUGGGCUGUUCUUUUCUAUAUGCAGAGCCUCAUUUCUCUUGUUUUUACCCCAUCCAUCUCCUCCAUGAUUUUGACUUGGUGAACGCUUGUUUAAACUGAUACUUCCUAUUCCCUGACUGAAAUAAAAAAAUCUACAGAGGCUUUAAAAAAAAAAACAACAAACAAACCAAAAACCAAGCACAGUGGUGGAAUAUCCUGGUGCAAAAGAUCUGUAGAAUGCUAUUGCAAUUACAUAUGAUAUAAACAAGAAGUAGUGUUACCAGCCAUCUGAUAAAAUCCACUUGCAUUGUUUUCAUUGUUCUUUCCCAGAAGUCAUCAAGUGAGAUAAUGGUUCUGUCAGCACAUUCUCUUGAAAAUCUUAUUUUUCCAAAAGCUUAACAGCUUUAGCAGUUUAUCCAGCUGAAAAUCUGUCUCCCCUUUGCUGCCAUCCUAUGGCAACUUGCUGCAGCAGACAUGAUAGUGUGAAAAUGCAGUGUGAAUUGCUGUCUUCAGAGGGUAGCAGAGGUUACUUCUCUUUUCAGUGUUAAACAGAUUCUUCACCCCUGUUCCAGCACUUCAUAACUGUUUUCCUCAGGGAAGGCCAUCAGGUUGGUCUAUUAUAUCAUUCCUGCUGAGAUGUAUUCCAGCACUUCAUGUUUUUGCACCACGACUGACGAGAUCAAGAUACUGAUGGCUUGCUCUUGCUUCUUUUCCAGCUUGGUAUUAAUUCCUUAGCAGGUGAUACCACUGCUUGAAGCAGUAAUUGUAAGAAAUCAUAAGAACCAACCUAAUUCAGACAACAUUAGUGGGAAUUCCUGACCCCGUUCUCUCCUAGGAAAACAGGAUGUGAUCAGAAGUGCGUUGUGACUAUUGUCCAUUCAAUGGGACAGAAACUGCAUCCUCCCUCCCUGGUUGUUGAGCUGUUCAACUACUGUCUAUACUAUAUGUUAAAUCAUUAAAAUUUAUCUGUGUUACAAAAUACUGCCUGUUCUCAUGUCUUUCCUUGAACUACGAGGCA